CUGCGCUGCCUCUCUCUCUCUCUCUCUCUCUCUCGCUCUCUCUACGCUUUUUGUUUUUGUCCCAAGCGAGUAGUGCGGCAUUCGGCGAAGGAGGUUUUCCUCUCUCUCUCUCUCUCUCUCUUCCUCUCCCUCUCUCUACCAGACCAGACCAGACGAGACCAUACCAGGGCACGAGCUGACCCACUUCAAUCCAUCAUGAUCAUCUACCGCCAUUAAUUUCCUUUCGGAUUGGAUUGGAUUAAAGUUUCAAGGCAAUCGCGUCGCGAGGUGUAUCGUUUUAGUGCUGCAGGUUAAUGAAAGCAGUCUCGACUCCAUCGUUCUUUCCUUCUUUCUUUCUUUCACCUUAGCGGCGAAGAUAAAGUUGGGUCGGGUUGGGUCGGGUCGUUUUCCGGAGAAGAAUAUGCUGCGAUUGUAAUCGAGAAAGUGAAGUUCUGUUGGGGUACUUUGAUUUAUCUUCUGUUCUGUUCUGUUCUGUUCUGGACUGGUGGCGUUUGGAGCUUUGGUAUUACCAUUGGAUUGGAUUAAUUUAAUUGAAUGAUCUUCUUCCCUCUGUCUGCUCCAGUUCAAUUCCGUUCAGCCAUGAUGUUCUAUUUCAGCAGUUGACUGUUGCCAUGGGAAAUCAAGUUGUAGAGCUACCAUCCAUUCUAAGCAUCAAGGUGCAUCGACGGAUGUGCUCGGAGCUGUUGAAAUUGGUGAGGAGUAUUUCAACAAUUUUCCCAGAGUUAGAAGAUGCCCGUCCUCGGUGCUCAUCUGGAAUAGGUGCGCUUUGCAUGUUAAACGAGACGACCCUUGAGGCCAAGACACUGCUUCAGCGCUGCUGUGACCACAGCGUUCUUUAUUUGUAUUUUCAGGCACUCACCGGCGAUGCUUUACUUUCAAGGUGUAGCAAGUAUCGGAACUUGUUCGACCAGAGUCUCAGCCAAAUUAAGACUAUGGUACCGGUAGUUCUUGUUGCCAAGAUUUCCGGAAUAAUCGCUGAUCUUAGAACUGCUGAGUUCCAUUUGGAUCCGGCUGAAGCAGAGGCCGGGAAAGUUCUGCAGGAAUUGCUUCGUAGAUCCAACUCUCCAAAUGGCUUCGACAAGGAUGCUGCAAUAGCUGCUAUUCGUAAUUGUUCUUCUCUUCUUGGUAUAGUCUCCCAGAAAGCUCUGCUGAUUGAGAAAAGAUCCAUCAAAAAGAUGAUCGACAGCUUUGGAGAAAGGGAAAGGGAAAGAGGCAAGAGGGUUAUUCUAAUAUUUUUCCUCGAUCUUCUGAAAAAAUACGGAAAGGGCAUGGUGUCGGCGGCAAAUGUCAAUGGUUCAUCAGAUCUUGAACAUCACUUGCCGGUUGCAAGCCCGUAUCGUCUGUCCAAGGAGGUCGAAUUUCGCAUAGACUGUAUGUCUGGUGAAGCUGAAAUUGGGAUGUUGAGUAGGCAUGUACCGCCUGAAGAAUUCCUAUGUUAUUUCUCUUCCAAGUUGAUGUUCGAUCCAGUUAUCAUUGCUUCAGGGGAAACCUAUGAAAGGAUGUGGAUCGAGAAGUGGUUCGAGGACGGCAAUGGUACUUGCCCAAAGACAAAGAAGAAGCUACCGAAUUUGUCCUUAACGUCGAAUACUGGCAUGAAACUCCUCAUCACAAAAUGGUGUUCUGAGCAUGGGAUUUCAGUUCUUGAUCCCAGGAAGACAUUGGUGAAUAACAUGUGGGAGACUUGUUCGAAUUCCAUCGCUAGCAUCACAAGCUCCUUGUAUAAUUUAAAUCUUCCCGUGGAUUACAGCAAUGUGUCGCUUGGAUCUUGUCCGGAAUCAGAUCUCUCCAACACUGAGAUGACAACCUUACAGGAAGAUGAUGAUAUGAAGCUUCUCUCUAAACUUAGCGAGUCUCCAUGGGAUUCUCGCUGCAAUACAGUCGAAGACAUUAAAAAGUUGUUGAAACAAGGAAACGGAAAUGGAAACGGAAACGGAUCUGCAUUCAACAUUCCACCCAAAAAGUUUGCUCACUCGCUCCUUAGAUUUUUGAGGGAUGCUUACAACCUUUGCGAUACAGCAGCCCAAAUUUCUGGAUGCGAGUUGCUGCUUGAAUUCUUGCAGAAUGACAGAGACGGCAUAUCAUACAUAAAGAAAGACGCAUACAAUCUGCUGGCAUUGUUUCUCGACACUGAUGAGCAUGAGCUUGUAAAGCAUGCUUUAUUGGCACUGAAGGUUUUGUCCUCCCACAGAAAAUGUGGUAAGAAUAUUGCAUCAUCCGGCGCACUUUCCGCUAUCCUGAACAUCCUCGACAGCAAGAUUCCUGGGCACCUGGAACUGGCCCUGCACGUAUUGAGCAAUUUGUCGUCAAACCUUGACAUCUCCUCCUCGAUUGUUUCUUCCGAUGUUGUAUCCAAACUUGUCCCGCUCUCGGAAGAGCAAGAGCUGGCGGGACACUGCAUGGCCGUUCUGAGAAAUGCGUGUGACAACGAAUCCGGCAGGCUGGCGAUCACGGAAACCCAAGGCUGCAUUGCUUCUAUUGUGAAAGUUCUGGAGAUGGACGACCACAAGACACAGGAGGAUGCUCUGUCCAUACUUCUUCCCCUGUGCUCGCAGCGCACCCAAUAUUGUCACUUGAUCAUGGACGAGGGCAUUUUCUCCAAUCUCCUAAGCGUAUCCGUCAACGGGAACAACGGAGCCAAGGCUGCAGCUUUGGAGCUGCUGCGGAUUCUGAGAGAUGUGAUCGAAGCUGUUGAGGCAAAUAAUGCAGAUCCGGACGCGAGCUGGUCCCACGAAAACAGCCCUUCGCCUCCGCCUGUGCCUUCGGCACCGAAAGCACAAGGGCUUUUGGGGAGAGUUUUUGGGAAGAAGAAGAAGAAAACGUGAACAAGGCAAGCGUUAGCCAUAGUAGCCAUUGUGAUUCCGAGUAAGUUUUAUGAGGUCGUUUGGUAAAAAUUAUUGUUGAUAUAUUGACGAAAAUGUGAAUAUUAGUAGUAGUAAGUAAGUUAAAUUAGUCGUACGUAUGUAUGUAUGUAUGGUAGCAGCACUCAACUUUCCAAAUAGAUAGAUAGAUGGAUAGAUAACAGAUAAUAGGUAUUUAGAAAAAUGUAAUGAUUUUGUAGAUUAGAACCUAAUCUGAUCCGUGUGUAUGGAAGGAAGUAUAUAUGUGCAUUAGUGUGAGCUGAGAUACGAUACGGGUGUAGUGUUUGACAGUUAAAUCUUAGUUUAUUUGAUUAAU